GUUGGUAUUGCUGUCGUUGGUAUUGUUGUUGUUGUCGUUGGCGAUCGAACACACCUCAACACAACCUCAAGAAGGAGACUGUGUGUCUGUGUGCUUGUGUGAUUUUCCCCGCAUCUCAAAGUUGAAGCAGGAGGAUGUCUGGUCGACGCAAAGGGGUGCUGGCGCGCCAUGGCACCAAGCAGUGGGACGGUGACGUCGAGGAAUACAAGCGCAUGCUGCAGGCCAAGAGCCGCACCAAGAACUGGGGACGAUGGGGUCCUUAUCUGAGCGAGCGGCAGUGGGGCACUGUCCGUGAGGACUACAGUGCGGACGGGAGUGCUUGGGAUUACUUUCCUCAUGAGCAUGCUCGCCAGCGCGCCUACCGUUGGGGCGAAGACGGCCUUCUCGGAAUCACGGAUCGCGAGUGCCGUGUGUGCUUUGGCCUCGCGCUGUGGAACGGCAAGGACUCCAUUCUGAAAGAGCGGCUCUUUGGGCUGACGGGGUCCGAGGGAAACCAUGGCGAAGACGUCAAGGAGCUCUACUACUACCUCGACGCAACACCAACCAGCUCCUACCUCAAGGGCCUGUACAAGUACCCGAAUGCGGAGUACCCCUACGCGGAUCUGGUGGAGGAGAACCGCCGGCGUGGCCUGCACGACCCAGAGUACGAGCUCGAGGACACGGGCUGCAUUGACAACGACAACUACACCGACGUGCAGGCAGAGUACUGCAAGUACGCCCCCAACGACAUCCUCAUCCGCAUCACCGUCACGAACCGUUCAGCGGAGGCGCAUACGCUGCAUGUGCUGCCGCAAGUGUGGCUGCGCAACACGUGGGCGUGGGGGUCACCUGAUGAGGCUGGCACCAAGAAGGGCAGCGUGCGCCGCACAGAUCCGAAGCAGCCCGUCGUCGACAUCGACCAGGAGACCAUCGGCACCUUCCAGCUCUUCUUCGAAAAGAGUGCGGAUGUGGAAGGUCCUGAGCUGUGGUUCACCGAGAACGAGACCAACUUUGAGCGCGUGUUUGGCGGAAGCAACGCAUCGCCGUACACCAAGGACUCGUUCCACCGCAAGCUGGUUGAGGGCGAGGAUGAGGCCGUCAACCCGGAGGAGGUCGGAACAAAGGCGUGCGGCCACUACCGCGUCCACCUCGAAGCAGGUGGCAGUGCUGUGCUUCGUCUUCGUCUGAAGAGCACCAAGGACGAGGACACGUCCGCUGUCGGUCCAAACGAUGACGGCACCUUCCCCUCGUCCUUCGACCAGCUCUUCACCCAGCGCAUCGCAGAGGCCGACGCCUUCUAUGAGAAGCGGCUGCACGGCAUCACGGAGGAGCACAACCAGAUCCAGCGCCAGGCGUUUGCCGGUUUGCUGUGGAGCAAGCAGUUCUAUCACUACGUGGUGAAGACGUGGCUGGAGGGUGACCCGAAGCAGCCUGAGCCGCACCCAUCGCGCCGCACCGGCCGCAACUCGGACUGGAGCCAUCUCUUCAACAGGGAGAUCAUCAGCAUGCCAGACAAGUGGGAGUAUCCCUGGUACGCCACCUGGGAUCUUGCGUUCCAUAUGGUGCCGAUGGCCGUUGUGGAUCCAUUUUUCGCCAAGAAGCAGCUCACCGUCUUCCUCCGCGAGUGGUACAUGCACCCCAAUGGCGCUCUCCCCGCAUACGAGUGGGCAUUCGAUGACGUCAAUCCGCCCGUGCAUGCGUGGGCGUGCUGGCGCGUGUACAAGCUCACUGCCCCACGAGGGAAGCGUGAUCUCGACUUUCUCGAGCGCUGCUUCCACAAGCUCAUGCUCAACUUCACCUGGUGGGUGAACCGCAAGGAUCCACAGGGCCACCACGUCUUUGCUGGCGGUUUCCUCGGUCUGGAUAACAUUGGCCUCUUUGACCGCAGCAAGCCCCUCGACAACGGCGGCACGCUCGUCCAGGCAGACGGCACCUCGUGGAUGGCGUUCUUCUCCCUGACGAUGCUUGGCAUUGCUCUCGAACUCGCCGAGCACAAGAACGCCGUCUACGAAGACAUUGCCAGCAAGUUCUUUGAGCAUUUCGUGCAGAUUUCGCACGCCAUCAACACGUUUGAUGGCACGGGUCUCUGGAACGAGGAGGACGGCUUCUACUACGACCAUCUUCGCUUCCAGAACGGCGAGACACAAGUCCUCAAAGUUCGCUCGAUGGUGGGCCUCAUCCCGCUGUACGCGUGCCUGACGCUGGAGCAGCGCACCCUGGACAAGCUGCCAAACUUCACCAAGCGCCUCCACUGGUUUAUGGAGAACACGCCCGAGCUUGCAGGGCAGGUCCUCGUCGUCAAGGGCUGCGAUCCAAAGCAUCCAGGCCAAACGCGGCACCUGCUCUCCAUUCCAACGGAGGACCGCCUGCGUCACCUUCUCCGUCGCCUCUUUGACGAAGACGAAUUCCUCUCCCCAUACGGUAUCCGCUCACUCAGCAAAGUGUACGAGAAGCCCUACGUCACCACCGUUGGAGCAGAAGAGGUGUCUGUUGAGUACACGCCUGCAGAGUCGACGACGUCGAUGUUUGGCGGCAACUCCAACUGGCGCGGGCCCAUCUGGUUCCCCGUCAACUAUCUCAUCAUCGAGGCCCUCGACCGCUACCACUACUUCCACGGCGACAACCUCAAGGUUGAGGUUCCCACGGGCAGCGGAAACUUGAUGAACCUCCGCGAAGCCGCCAACGAGAUUGCGCGCCGCCUCGCCCAUCUCUUCGAACGCACGUCGGGCGGCAAGCGCCCAUGCAACGGGCCAUCCCCCGUCUACGGCGAGAAGGACAAGGACCUGAUGCUGUUCUACGAGUACUUCCAUCCUGAGACGGGCCGCGGUGUUGGCGCCUCCCACCAAACGGGCUGGACCGCCCUCAUCGCCCGCUGCCUCUCUCGCCUCUCCAAGGAGGAGCGCCUUGCUCUCGACUGA